AUUAUACAAUUAAUUCUAUAUUCAUUAAUUUUAACAACUUCAAUUAUUUUCUUAAAUAUAAUUCAUCCUUUAGCUAUAGGAUUAACUUUAUUGAUUCAAACAAUUUUUAUUUGUCUAAUUUCAGGAUUAAUAACAAAAAGUUUCUGAUAUUCAUAUAUUUUAUUUUUAAUUUUUUUAGGGGGAAUAUUGGUAUUAUUUAUUUAUGUAACAUCAUUAGCAUCUAAUGAAAUAUUUAAUUUAUCAAUCAAAUUAACUUUAUUUUCAACGUCAAUUUUAUUUAUUUUAUUUUUUAUAAGAUUUUUAAUUGAUAAAUCUUCUAUUUCAUUUUUUUUAAUUAAUAACGAAAUAGAAUCAAUUUUUAAUUUUAAUUCAUAUUUUUUAGAAAAUUCUCUAUCUUUAAAUAAACUAUAUAAUUUCCCAACAAAUUUAAUUACAAUUUUAUUAAUAAAUUAUUUAUUAAUUACAUUAAUUGUUGUAGUAAAAAUUACUAAAUUAUUUAAAGGCCCUCUUCGUGUAAUAAAUUAA